UUCAGUGUCCCAAGAGAACUGCACUUUCAUACCACUGGAUUUAGUUCAAAGCUUAGCAGUCAUGUUUGUAAAAGUUGCAGUUUCACUCUUGGCAGUCUUCUUGGCCGUGGCAAGCGACAUGCUUGUUGGAGCCCCGGUGGAUGCAGACAUAAACAGCCCAGAAGUCCAGGAUGCCCUGCGGUUUGCAGUAACCCAGUACAAUGCACAGAGCAACAGUGUAUACACCAGUCAAGUUGUUAAGGUGAUCAAGGCCCAGGUGCAGGUUGUUGCUGGUUUGAAGUACAUCUUCACCGUUGAGAUGGCCAGGACUUCCUGCAAAAAAGCAGAACCUGAAAACACAUGUGCCAUCAAUCCAGACCCAGAGAUUGCACAGCCCCAUGAAUGCACACUUGCAGUGUGGAGUCAGCCUUGGUUGCACAGCAUGACGCUAAUUGAGAAUACCUGCUGAGAGAAAUCACAUACUUUCCUGCAACCCAGAAUCUUUCAAGAGAUACAAUUAAAAAUGUGCCUUAUUCAUCAGGCUGUAUUAAAUGGUUGCUCAGAA